GUCCGCUGGCGAACGUUGUCUUGAGCGCAGUUUGUCGCUGUUUCGUUUGUCGCAUUAGCAACGUCUUUAAACGUGUCUCAGUGUGUGCGUGUGGUAUUUGUUGUUUCUAUUUCUGUGCACUACGUGAGUGUGUGCGUGUGCGUGUGUCGGUUACUGUGCCUGUCUUUACUUUGGCUGCGGCUCAUUCCCGUUUGCUAUUUGCCGUUUGCCGUUGCUGCUGCUUGCUAAAUCAUUAUACACGUAUUUAUUUUUUUUCGUGAUUUUUUUUUUCUGUGUCGUCGCUGCCGUAGCAGAGCAGCUAACUGGUUGCUGGGCAUCACAAGCAAGGCAGAAGAAGCUAGCUGUGAACACAAAAGCAACAAUAGCAAUAGCAAUAGCAACAAAAAGCAACAACCGUAUUUUUUUCGUGCGGAAUAUCAUCGAAGACGCAACGCCAGAGAAAUAACCGUUUUUCGGGCAACAUUAACAUCAACAUAACAGAACAGAAGCAACAGCAGCAGCAGAAGCAUCAGCGUUAACAGUGCAUUAACAGAUCAGCAAAAGGAGCUUUAACAGUGCAUUAAUAGCUGCAACAGAGCAGCCCAGACACGCAUUAACAGCGAAAAAAAAUAUAAUCAUUAUUCAAAAUGCCCUGCUCGGCUGUAACGCUAUCGAUAGCGACGAUCUGCGCUAUCAUCGCCACAGCGCUGCUUGCGAUCGCCUUCUCCACAGACAAUUGGCUGCAUUAUGAUGUCAGACGCAAUCAGAUACAGGCCUUUGCCGCCAAGCACUCGGAUGCAGAGUCGCUGCUGCAUAACAUGAAUGUGAAGUAUUAUUACUAUACGAGAACCCGCGGAUUGUUCAGGAUAUGCUAUCCCAAGGAGCGACCACCAGCAUCAGCAGUUCCCACGUAUUUGUCGCCGAUUGAGACACACUGCUCGAACAUUGACUAUUUCCCGCAAGUGGAGGACGACAAGAUAUCGAAUGAGGAUGCCACAUCGAGACUGCAUUUGGCUCGCUCCUGCAUUGCGCUGUUCAUCAUCAGCUUCGUGACGAUCUUCUGUGCGUUCUGGACGGGAUUGUCGGGCUGCUGGAAGCGAUCAUCGGGUGCCAUAACUGCCACAUCAAUACUGCUGCUGGUCACAUGUCUGUUGGCUGCUGGCGCCAUGGGUCUCUGGCAUACCGUUGAGUUCUUUGAGAAGGAGAAGGUUGUGGGCGAGGAUUACUUCCAGCAAUGGAAUACGGUGCUGCGCGACAACACAAAGGUCGUCUACGAUUGGUCGUAUAUUGUGGCCUGGACAGGCAUUGGCACUUGUCUCUUGGCUGCCAUUCUAUUGUCCGGCGCCGCUGUCUGUCUGCGCAAUGAGCGCGAGAAGGAGGAGCAACUGAAUCUGCAAUAUCUGAUGCCAGUGUACUCGCAAAAGCAGCCCCCGUAUCCACCCUAUGCCAACUAUGCGCAGCCACAAAUCUAUCCGGGUCCCUACUAUCAUGGCUCCCAAUACGGACCGUAUAAUUAUUAGGCGGAGACAGAGCAGUCAGUGGAGCGACAUCGACAACGAAAUGCAGCUUAUAACGAAAGCAACGAGGAAAGCAACAUCAACAACAACAACAAAUGAAGCGAACAACAACAGCAACUUUGAAAGCAAUAUUCGUUUAGAAAUCACAAAACAAACAGACAAAAAGAUCAAAAGAAAAAGACAACAGACAACAGACAGCAACAGAGGUCGGGUUAGGUCGAAUUUCGAAUGUCUCCUUCUCCAGCAGUUUGAACUGUAGUACUGUCAACCUUACGAUUAGCCACGAAGCAACGGGACAAGUUGCAAAAGUAUGAAUAUAUAUAUGUAUGUUUUGCAAUAAUAAUUUAUUUCUAUUUUUGUCGUUUGUCUCGCUCUCGAAAGCUAAAUUACCCCCACUUACACAUACAACAAUUAAAUAUAACUUCUAUAUCUAUACAUACAUUUUUUUUUACUUUACAAAACAAAUAAAAAAACAGAAAAAAAAAUGAAGAAAAGCUAAAAACAUUAGUUCAUAGUCUAUGUAGCGCUAUAUAUACUUACAUUAAACACAUAUACAACUUAUAAACAAUUGUAUAGAGUCAAAAUGCGUCAAAGUACGACGAUGUAUUUGGUGCGCCAAUUUCGAAAGCAACAUAAAUAUAUGAAGCGAAGGAGAGGAGAGGAGUGGAGAGGAGAGGAGA